AUGCGUUCCAGGCUAUGGCCCUUUUGGUUUUCACUCCUUUAUUUUUUAUCAUUAUCAGAAGUUGUUGCACAACGUAAUGCCACCUGCUCGGGAACGGUUGUUCUUAAUGCAACGAAAGACUUCCAAUAUCUUACGACACCAAAUUAUGAGACGAGCUAUAAGUAUCCUGCUUUUUUAGACUGCAAGUUUUUUAUUAAAGCUCCUGAUAAAUCACGUGUUGUCAUUGAUAUAAUUGACUUGGAAAUGGAACCACGGAUAUUCGAAGAAUGUUCCGAUUUUGUUGGAUUGUCAGAAGAUGUGACCGAAAAGAACUUUUCAAGAAUCAUUACGCUCUGUGAGAGUUUGCGGAUGCGGCAGUUCAUAUCAACAUCAAAUACCAUUACUGUCAUUUUUCAAUCUGAUGAAUUGUUUGAAUUUCGUGGUGCUAGGUUAAGCUAUCGUUAUUAUGCUGACAUCCAGUUGAAUUAUUCGGCAACGCCAUCCGCAGAUACUGUCGAAGACCAUCCAGCGACUUCUGAUUCCACUUCUCCAAGAUGA